AUCAAAACAAAGUGGCGUUUGACAGUUUUAUAAAACCGACGUCUCCGUCGCUGGAAAACGUCUUCGCAGUGUUAAACCGACAAAUGUGACAAACCGCGAAGGUGACUCGACUCCAGACAGCGCAGUGAGGAUGAUGAGCAGAAAGUGGCAGGACAGACUGAAGUCGUUGGAGCAGAGGGCACAGUCCUUUAAAGCUGCUCCCAUUUGCUGCCCUUAUAAACCACGUCUGUCCCGUCCGUGGCAGCCUUCUUCCGUCUGGAGGCUCUUUCCACGCCAGAGCGCGGCCAUUGCCUUCAGCCAAACCUGCAAAGAGGAUGUACAUGUCUUUGCUCUGGAGAAAGAGAGCACAGAUGCAGGACAGAGGGUUUACUUAGUGACUAGUUACAGUGAACUCUGGCACUACUACAGUUCUCAUAGACAGUCACUGAUGCACUGCUAUGAGGUGAUCAUAGAGGGUGCCGUCUGCAAACUGUACUUUGACCUGGAGUUUCAUAUUCCCUCCAAUGAACACCUGGAUGGCAAAAAGAUGGUGCGAGCACUGAUUCAGUAUGUCUGUGAGAAGCUGGAAGAGGUGUAUGGUCUACAGUGCUCCUCUAAAGAUGUGCUGAAUCUGGACUCCAGCACUGCUGAGAAAUUCAGCCGCCAUCUCAUCUUCCUGCUCCCCAAUUCAGCUUUCAAGGACAACAGCCACGUUGGUCGGUUUAUCCAUGGUAUACUUAAACCUGCCAUGAAAAGCCUUCAAAAAGGCUCAGAAACUCUCACUUCAGAAGUUGAUGGCGGUAUCCAUGAGGAGCCUCAGUCAAAGAAAAGAAAGCAUGAAGCAAAAGAAGAGAAGGACUUGAGCUUUCUAAUAGUAAAGUCCAGAGACUGCCAGAAGCAGCUCUUUGUGGAUCUAGGUGUCUACACCAAAAACCGAAAUUUCCGCCUCUACAAGUCCUCAAAACUGGGAAAGAACGCUGCCUUCACAGUGGCUGAAGAUAACAUGUAUGUUCCAAAGUCUGACAAGCAGAGCACAGAAGAGGAGCGCACGUUCCUGGCUUCCCUAGUUACCAAUGUCAGUUUCACUGGUCAGAGGAUUCUGAUUUGUGAGGUUCCAGAAAGGCAUCCAGCAGUAUCUCACUGUUCACUUCAGGACAAAGGACCUCAAAACUCAGAAUUUGCAGGUGAACAGCAGCCGUCCCCGUACAAGGACGUAGAUGAAUUUGUGCAGAGGCUGGUGCACAAGGACAACAUUCAAGGAAGCAUUAGACGCUGGACCUACUUUGUAUCUGAGCAGCUGCUGGUGUAUGACAUUGCCAAGUACCGCUGGUGUUAUAAUGUGGGUCGCUUCCACAAGAGCAACAACAUCAUAAUUGUAGUGGAUCUAAAAGAUGAGGUGUGGUAUCAGAGAUGUCAUGACCCUGAGUGCAGGAGUCAGAAUUACAGAUCCUCUAGUUUCCCACUACCACAAGAGGUCUGCAUGAGCUACAUGUUGAAGGAGGAUGAGGAGGACCAGGAGUUCCUGAUGGAUGAGAUGGGUAACAUUGAGCUGAGUCAGAGUUCUGUACAAACAGUGGAGAGGGACGAGCAGUCAGCCACGUUUUGUUCUCAGACAGAACACACAGAGGCUUGGGUUAACUGGCCUGAUGACCACUCCUGCCUGGAGGCCCUGGAUGAAGUGGAGAAGAUCGCUGCAGGAAAGGAGGAAAUUCCAGAUGAGCUUAUGAUUCAGGCAGUGAGCGAGUGUGAGGCUAUAGUAGUCUGAGAGAAAGUUUAUUAUUAUUAGUCACUGUAAAAAUGAUAACAGUAAGUUAAAUUAUUGCUAUAUGAGAAAUAUUGCUGCUUUCACAGUUGGUGAAAAAUUGGAAAAAAGUUCUAUAGUUGUUUUUUAACGUGAAGUUGUAUCUUUACCGAAGGUCAAAGUGUGAAUUAAUGAAUAAAACUCUGUUUCUGCUGUAAA